UCGAUCUGCCCCGCCAUUCCACCUACUUCCUCAAAAGUUUUGACAGCUUUUAAACCGGGCAAGCUCGCUGCUCGCCGCCGUGGUCUGCAUUGCCGCGGCGCGCGAUCCAACUCGCGCGCGGCCGAACCGUACGGCAACCGCGGCGGUCGCUCCUCCCAUGGAGCCGCAGCGGCUGCGAGUCCUGGACACCGUGGGCCUGCCGCCACCCGCCGCGGCGGAGCACGCCGUGGCGCCGCUCCCGCUCUCGGGGCUCGACGCCGACCGCAACAUGCUCGACGUCACCUUCCGCACGCUCCGCUUCUUCCCGCCUCCGCCGCCGUCCGCCGACCCCCUCGCGGUCCUCCCGCGCGCGUUCGCCGCCGCGCUGGGCCUCUUCCCCGCGCUCGCGGGUCGCAUCCGCGACGGCCACGUCGUCGUCGGCGCCGGCGCGGCCGUCCCCCUCGUUCUCGCGGCGUCCGAGCUGUCCGUGGCCGACGUCGACACCGACGCGCCGGGCUCGCCCCUGCUGGAUGGCCUCGCGCCGGGCGACGUCGCGGAUGGCCCGGCGCUCGCGCUCCAGGCCACGCGGUUCGCGUGCGGCGGCGUCGCGCUGGGGAUGCGGGUGGCGCACGCGCUCUGCGACGGCGCGGGCGCCACCAGGUUCCUCGCCGCCGCGGCGCGGUUCUCGCGCGGGCAGGGGCCUCCCGACGUGGCGCCGGUGUGGGAGCGCCGGGAGCUGCUGGGGCCGAGGCAGCCGCCUCGCGUGGCGACGCCGGUGUUCGACCGCGUCCUCGCGCUCAACGACGACGUCGCGCAGUGCGGGCCGUACGGCGCCGCGGGGGAAUGGCACAAGCAGCAGAAGCUCACGAGGGAAGCUUUCCACGUGAGCGAAGCGCGCGUGGAGGCGCUCAGAGCGCGGCUCGCCGACGAGGCCUGCCUCCGGCUCACGACCUUCGAGGUCGCCGCCGCGUUCAUCUGGCGCGCCAAGGUCAAGGCCAACGGGACCAGCUCCGGCGAGGUGGUGAAGAUGGUGUACUCCAUGAACAUCAGCAAGCUCGUCGACCCGCCGCUCCCCGACGGGUACUGGGGCAACGUGUGCGUCCCGGUGUACGUCGCUCUGGCCUCCGGCGACCUCAUCGCCCAGCCACUGGCGGCGACGGCCGCCCUGAUCAAGAAGAGCAAGCAGGCCGUGGACGACGAGUACGUGCGGUCCUACAUCGACUUCCAGGAGCUGCACCGCGGCGAGGGAAUCACGGCGGGCGCCGUGAGCGCGUUCACGGACUGGCGGCGGCUCAGCCACGGCGAGGUGGACUUCGGGUGGGGCGGCCCCGACGCCGUGCUGCCACUCUCGUGGAGGAUCCUCGGGAGCACGGAGCCGUGCUUCCUGCUGCCGUACGGCGCCGGCGACGAGAGGCGGCGCCGAGGGUUCAAGGUGUUCGUUGCGCUGCGGCGCGCGGCGGUGGCUGCCUUCAGGGAGGAAAUGCAGGAGCUGCUGUUGCAGCAGCAGCAGCAGAGUUCAGUGGGAAAGCUGUGAAUUGUUAGAGAAAUUUGAAAAUAGAAUCAUCCGCUUGAAAAUUUAACUGAAUGUUCAAGAAAAUAAUUUAACUGAAUUGCCAGCCUCGUGCCAUUCAUUCAAAAAGAAGAAUAUAUGAUUGAUUUACCA